AUGUCAGAGUAUUCUGCUAAGCAUCCGCAGCAGAUAUUCAGUGAAAGUAGACAACUCUUAGUAACAGCUCCUACUUCUCCCCGUAAAGAAAAUAUCAAUAAAAGCAGUGAGAAUAAUAGUAACAGUAGCGCUUCGAUGUCUUCAAAUAACGUGGCGACCGGUUGUGAUCAAGAGAACUUUAUUCCACAACUACCACAACCUCAAUACAAAACUUCAAAGGGUGGUAACCCCGUUCCAAGUUUUGAGUAUCUAUCAUAUGAUAGAGUCCAGGACCUAUAUGAACAAAAUAAAGGCACUUUAUAUUUCAUCCCAGAAGGGUUCGAACCUGUUUUAGUUCCUAAUGAUGCCAAAGCUACUUCUGUAACGAAUUUAUUGGAAAAUGCCAAACCAGUAUCUGCUGCUCCUAACGUCCCAAGAAUGCUCCCUGAUACUGACGUUCGACUACCUUCAUUCGCUCUUCCAUGUGGUGUCGCUGCUAAACAGGAACAUAUGAAAAAAUAUCCUGAAUAUAGGUAUCGUCCACGAAGACCCCAAGAAAGGAAGCGCAGAAUUCAACCUCGUGAAGACUCCCCAUCAGCUCAAGGGUCUACACCAACCUUACCUUCUCAAAAUUUGUCUAUGAUUGAUGCCUCAGCAUUUUUCCCGAGGCGUGUUUCAUCAAUAUCUACUGAUGGUGAAAAUUCAGAGAUAUUCACUCCAACCACCAUUCCGUUGAGUGGUUCUCCUCAACAAUAUUUGGAUUCUUCAAUGGCAAAAUAUGAUUAUUCAUAUAUUGAUGAUUCUAAUUCAUUUGACGGCAGUCCAGUAUCAACUGCAGCAACAACAUUUGUAAAUACUCAUAAUCCCAUGACAACAUCUGGUGGCAUGAUUGAUUUUAGUGUAUUUGAUGCUUCAAAUCCUCCCGCGCCGGGAGAAGCCAUGAACUACCUUGAUAUGGGUGAAUAUAUUGAAGCUUUUGAUCAAUAUGAUAACAUGGCUUCACUUAACUUUAUCUCGGCGGCUGAUGAACAGUUUAUUCGCAAUCAACAAUUCGUGAAACUCGAUUAUUAA